AUGUGGUUCGGAGGAUUGAAUGGCCACCGUAAGCAGAGACAUGUUGGGACCCUCAAGGCGUGGCCGGCGGCUGGCUCGGGAGAAGGCCAAUGGGUGUCUCGGAUGGCCACAUGGAUCGAGAGUCAGCGCCUCCCGGGACUGGUCAUGACUGGCAUCGGCUCUGACGUCGUUGAGCUGCUGGAGAGGACGGCUGCCGUUUCAUUCUCACGAUGCGCAGACCUUGACAUUGGGAGCGGCAAGUCUAAAAGGUCGAUGCAACGAUGCUACGAUGCAGUGCCUCUGAACAAGACUCUGGUGCUACGCUCCUACUAUGCACUUCCUGGCAAAGCCGCUGCCGAGUCAUGGUGGUCACAUCAUCCAUCGAACGACAAUGAUGUGAUGCACAAGUCGCCGUUCCAGAGGAGAAGGACGAGGUGCCGUCCUCUGGCAAGUGCCGAGUCCGUGAGACGAUUGUCUGGCAGCAGCGGCCGCAACAUAAUGGUCAGCAAUUACGAGAGACCCGGGAGACGAGAACGCUUGUCUGAUCUGCGGCGGCAGUUCAGAGGAUGCCGGGGGCUGGCCAAGCACGGGACAGCACAGCUGAAGCGGGAUAAAAACUCAAGCUUGGGUCACUCCCCGAUCCGAUCCACCGACCUCAGACGAUCGCCGGAGCCCUUCAGUUGUGGGCUGGGGCUGGGGCUGGACAACGGACCUGGACCUGGACCUGGACCUCGACGUGGACCUCAACCAACAUGGACAUCGACAUGGACCUCGAGCUCGACCUGGACCUGGGCCUGUCUUGUCAAGCGUCAAGCACCCGAGAUCUGCGAGGUCGGCGGCAUUACUCGCACCGUGCCAUCCCAGCACGGCAGCGGGCCAUGGAUAUGGAUUUCAAUGCUGCGUACUGUAUGCGUUGGGAGAGCAAAAACCCUGGUUGCCUGGCUCGCGUGUGGGGACCUCUCGGUGCCCACAGACACGGAUGCAGACGAGUUGGCGAUGAUCAAGAUGGAGAAGCGGAACCGCUCGAUUCCAAAUUGA